UUCUCUUUUUCUUGGAUUUCUCGGGAAACAAAGAAGAAAGAGGAAGGAAGGAGUUGGACUCGGUGGAAGUGACUCAGUGAGUGAGUGAGUGAGUGAGCGAGCGAGCGAGAUGGGGGAGGUGACUCGGAUAAUGGUGGCGGUGAACCAGUCGAGUUUGAAAGGGUACCCGCACCCUUCGAUAAGCAGCAAAGGAGCAUUCGAAUGGACUAUCAAGAAGAUCGUUCGCCAUAACGUCGCUUCCUUCAACCUUCUCUUUCUUCACGUUCAGGUUCCCGAUGAAGAUGGUUUUGAUGACAUGGAUAGUAUCUAUGCCUCACCUGACGAUUUUAAAAGGAUGAAGCAGAGAGAUAGGAUUAGAGGGGCUCAUCUGCUGGAAUACUUUGUCAAUAAGUGUCAUGAAAUUGGGGUGGGCUGUCAAGCUUGGAUAAAGCAUGGUGAUCCGAAGGAAGUCAUCUGCCAUGAGGUGAAACGCGUGCAUCCCGAUUUUCUGGUUGUUGGCAGCCGUGGUCUCGGCCCUUUCCAAAAGGUUUUUGUUGGCACUGUGAGUGAAUUCUGUGUGAAACAUGCUGAGUGCCCUGUAAUUACUAUCAAGCGCAAAGCAGAUGAAACUCCCCAGGAUCCGGUUGAUGAUUGAUUAGUCUGUUAGGCACUAGACGUUAUUGCCAUUUGUCACAUCUAUCAUAUGUUAUAUCAUAUAUUGGUCGAGUUGAAAGAACAAAAAGCUGGAAUAUAUCACCAAAGAUUUGUCUGUGGAUAUGGAAAAUGUUGUACUACUACUACUUUCCCCUUUUCACUUGUUGCAUUAAUCUCGAAUCUGUAUUUUCAACUAUGUUAGAUUCAAUUUGACUGUAAAAGGGAACUUGCUUCAUCAAUAUGAUAAAUGCUUGCCAGUUCCUACCAUGUAUUGAAAUCUGUACUCAAGAUUGCUAA